AUGCCCAAGGAACAAGGGGGCGAUCCCAGUGGCUGGCCCACUUCGUACUGGAGCCUGUUGCGGUCGAAGCUGCUCGUGAAGCGCCUUGGGGUCCAGACGGCAGUCCUCUCCGUGACAGCUCCAGGGGCAUGUAUUCACCCAGACCGUCAGGCACGGGCACGGCUUGCACGACAGUUAAAUCAGUAUGCGGCCGACCUUCGGGAUCAUGACCCCCAGUCUUUUGCGUUCUUCGUAUCGUUACCCAAUAUCCUCGACACAGAGGAUGCCCUCGCGGAGAUCGCCUAUGGGCUGGAUACUCUUGGUGCAGACGGAAACACCUACCUGGGCCACCCCGACGUGGAGCCCAUCUGGGCGGAACUAAAUCGACGACGCUGCGUCGUCUUCGUGCACCCCACACACCCGGUCGAUACCAACCCAGUCAACCCAAAGCUCCCACAGCCAGCGAUCGACUAUCCUCAUGAAACUACCCGCGCAGCAAUGGACAUGAUCACCGACCGGACGCGAGCCAAGUAUCCAGCCUGCAAAGUCAUCCUAUCGCAUGCCGGCGGGACGCUCCCCUACCUAAUCUCACGCGUUGCGACGCCAAUGCGCAAGGCGCCGGAUUUUGCGGUUUCGCGCCGUAUGGGUACCACACAUGACAAAGUGGUGGAAGCAUUCCGCAGUUUUCAUUUUGAUCUGGCGUUGAGUUCCUCGCCACAGGUGCUGGACUUGCUGCUGAAUAUGGUGCCUCAUGACCAUAUCCUGUAUGGGAGUGACUUUCCGUAUGCCCCGGUCACUGCCUAUCCGGCUUUCCUGGAGGAACUGGAGGGAUACGAGAUGGACCAAGAACUCAGAGAUAUGGUCAAUUUUGGAAAUGCGGUGAAAUUAUUUCCGCGGCUAGGCCAACGCGGUGAUGCCCAUCUGUAG